UUUCACGUUCUGCUCGGUAUAACUACGCGAGUACAACGCUGCAACUGUCGCUGUUGGGAUAUAUUGCUUUUUGAAUCCUUCAAUUGUUACCCCCUCGACAUGCACAUAUCACCAGCUCUGUAUCUCUAGCAUUGGUGCGCGUAGGAUUGGAAAUGCCUCUCGCUGUUUACAGAGCAAACGCGGAUAAUUCGGGAUAUUUACAGCCCUGUAAUUGGGGAUAAACAGCAGACAUAGCACAUCCUUUGGGGUCUUUGGGGGGUUGUGCCACCUUCUCCAUAGGGCCCCCGGAGGUCAGAUAUGCUUACUCCCCCAAGACCCAUUGGUGGAUAUCGGCGUCUGUUGGCGGCUCAGCAAUGGAACUGGAACCCAUCACUACAACGUCAAGAGAAUCGGCUCACUCUUUUGCGGAAUGGCAAGACGUUUCCACUGCGGGGAUUGAGCAAAGCACACGGCACAGUAAAAAUGAGACACGAGACUGGCCUGAACAUUUUCUACAGUGGGCGUAGACCCCACGGGGUCACCUGGCUCUGCCGCAUCUCCGCGGAUAAAGGUAUAUCGUAGCGCGGCUCGCAGUAACUUACAGGCCCACGACUUUACACCAUCUCCGGUAGUUUGGGUCCAUUUUAGAGUUUGACUGAAUAUGAUCUGAUCAAAAGCAAUAUCCAGAGCCGGUUGAUACUCCGUGGCACCACAGAAUUAUCAUUAUGGGCUGACAGACGCUUCUUUAUAAGUUGAAGCAUCUCGCUGCUAUAUAUCCAAGCUUUGACUCACCCAAUUGCAAUACACCAUAUUAUACCCAAUUACAGUACAUACAAUUACUCUACAGCAAGACCAUAAUGCUAUCAUCAAGCAACGUGAUGCGAACUGGCAUCCUCCGAACAGGAAGAAUAGCCACGCGAAACACAGCACUUCUCGCACGUUCAGCAACAGCCCAAAUUCAAACAACCCGUCGAAACUUUUCUUCCAGUCAACGAACACUCUGCGCAAGCUGCGCAACUUCAGGAGGACAAUCAUGCGUCCGGCAUAACCCUAACAGUCGCGCUAGCGCCGGAAACAUCACCACAAGCUUCAGUGCUAACAGUAGCCUCGGCAAGACUGCCGCUUACGCUACAGCUGCUAGCCCCAUCAUUCCUAAUGAACAGUGGGCACAAGUUUUGGAAGAACGAGGUGGAGCUGUCCAAUAUAAAAAGAUCCCUGUUCCAACGCCAGGCUCCGAUGAGGUUCUAAUCAACGUCAAGUAUAGUGGAGUCUGCCACACAGACCUUCACGCCGUCAAUGGCGACUGGCCCCUUGAAUCGAAGAUGCCCCUUGUUGGCGGUCACGAAGGUGCCGGUAUCGUAGUAGCACGAGGGGAGCUCGUCAAAGACGUUGAAAUCGGUGACCACGUUGGCCUCAAGUGGCUUCACGGCUCCUGCAUGAGCUGCGAACAGUGUCGACAGUCCAACGAAUCGCUUUGCUCAGAAGCCUCCCUGUCAGGAUAUACUGUUGAUGGUUCGUUCCAGCAAUACGCUGUAGGAAAGGCUGCGCACGUCGCGCGAAUUCCCAAGGACUGUGAUCUCGCUGGCGUAGCACCUAUUCUGUGUGCUGGACUUACAGUCUACAAGGCUCUCAAGUCUUCUGGCGUUCGACCAGGACAGAGUGUUGUCAUUGCUGGCGCUGGAGGCGGUCUUGGUGUUUUCGCUAUUCAAUAUGCCAAGGCCAUGGGGCUUCGAGUAACAGCUCUCGAUGGCGGAGACGAAAAGCGUAAGGUUUGCACUGAGCUUGGUGCUGAUACCUUUGUUGAUUUCAAGACAUCGACGGAUAUUGUUGGAGAGAUCAAGAACGCUACAGGUGGCCUUGGCCCCGAUGCUGUUCUCCUUCUUGCAGCCAAUGAGAAGCCAUUCCAACAAGCUAGUCAGUAUGUCAAGAGCAAGGGCACAAUUGUCUGUGUUGGUUUACCAGCCAAUGCUUUCGUCAAGGCUCCUGUUUUCGACACUGUCGUCCGGUAAGUGAAACAAACCGUAUUCGCAGAACACGCAUUAAUGAGAUACAAUAGUGAAAUCAACAUCAAGGGCAGCUAUGUCGGUAACCGACAGGAUACUGCUGAGGCCAUUGAAUUUUACAGACAAGGUCUUAUCAAGGCACCAUACAAGUAAGUACAUCCACUACGUGCAAUCAUUGGCAAGACUAACAUGAAACCUAGGAUUGUCGGAUUGUCAGAACUCCAGAAGGUCUAUGAUAUGAUGAUUGCAGGCAACGUUGCUGGCCGUUAUGUGGUGGACACCAGCAGAUAACGACCCUGAAUGAUUUUGAUAUUAUUGGAGGUUUACUGAAAGCGUUCUUGAUGUUGCUUGCGGAAUAGGCAUUAUACCACGGAGGAUUUAUGUAUAACAUGAGAGGAAAAGGGUUUCCUGGUUGCUGAUGUCUUGGUUAUAUUUAGCUUUGAUGAUUGAUUACAGGCAGGGCUGUAACUUUAUUACAAUUUUCAAGUGUCUUUUUACUAUACAUAAACAGAUUUUAGGGGCAGGCCAUGCUUCCUGAAGGAUAUGCUCAACAGGAGGUAAUAUUUGCCACACUUGAUAUAUAUUCGAAAUAUAAUGCACAAAAAGAUCAAAAGUAAACUCCGGUACAGGGAAUCGAACCCUGGGCUCCG